AUGUAAAAAGACCUAAGCGAUAACUGGAUGCCUUUAGAAAGCAAUCCUGAUGUGAUUAAUGAUUAUAUCCAAAAAAUAGGUUUCAAUAUAGAAAAGUAUUCUUUUUAGGAUUUAUAUGACUCAGAUGAGUAAUUCCUUAAGGAUAUGAGUGAAAAUACUUUAGCAGCUUUAUUGAUAUUCCCAUUGGACGAAAAUGCUAGUGAUGAACAUAAAAAAGAGAUUGAAUAGAUAAAAGAAAAAGGUUAAUUCAUAAAUGAAAAGGUAUAUUAUAUGAAAUAAUACGCUGAAAAUGCUUGCGGGACUAUAGCUAUUAUGCACGCUGCUAUGAAUUUAAUGUAAAAAGCUCCAGGUAUGAUUCGCGAUAAUUCAAUCUUACACAAUUUCUUCAAAUAAACUGAAAAAAUGACUCCUGAAUAAAGGGCUGAUUAUUUUAUGAAUGACAAAUAGCUUAAAGAUGAACAUGUAGAAGCUGUCCAUUAAGGAGAAACUGAAGUUGAUCCAGAAGACGAUAACGUUUUACAUCAUUUUAUUUGCUUAGUACCAAUAGAAGGUCAUCUUUAUGAGUUAGAUGGUUGUAAACCCUUUCCAAUUAACCAUGGGGAAACAACACCUAAAACACUUCUCCCUGAUAUUUACAAAGUAUUUUAAAAAUUUUUGUCAAAGAGUUAAAACCAGUACUCGUUCAGCAUCUUAUUACUUUAAAAAUUUGAUAACUGA